AUGCGCAUCUAUCUCCAGGAAGUCUGUCUUGCAAACCUUUUCCACCCAUUAAGAUUCAUUUGGGAGCGUGUGAUAGCCUCGAUCCGUGAAGCACACCCAAACGAGGCACUCAACAUGAUCCCCCGACUGGUCAGCGUCUCCAUCAUCAAGUACACGAGAGCGCAAGCCACAGACAGCGAUGCCUUCUGA